UAAUCAUGCUGUGGUUGGACGCCCGCUGAGGAGACGGACAGGCGCUUUUCAUGUCGCGCAAAUGUCAACUUUCCCAAGAGAAAAUGACGCUGCCAAAUCUCUCUUCAAGAUGCUUGAGUCCGCAGUUACUCCCAUCGUGUCCGGGGACUACGGCCACCACCACCACCACCACCGGGACAGAGCGGCCAUGGCGUCCCGGCUCUCCUUCACCCAGGUCCGGCUGGAAGCGGAGCUGGAGCGCUACCGGGCCGAGUGCCAGUGGGGCAAAAUCCUGGCGCUGGUGGAGCAGAUGCACGCUGCGCGGAUCCAUGAGGACGAUGAUUACGGCACGCUGCUGAUGGCCGAGGCGAUGCUGGAGGAGUGCCUGCUGGAAAACAUGGAUCUUUUACGGAGCUCCACACCUUUAGCUGACAAGACUCAGGCCAGACUCUGCAAAGCCAAAGGUUACCUGAACACCAUCCUGAGCCGAGGCCGCCUCACACCAAGAUACUUGAAUGAGGCUCUGCUGCUGAUGGCCAAAGUGCACUACGUCCAGGGCCGGUACCGGGACGCCCAGGGAAUGUGUGCCAGGGUGGGUUUGGAGGAGCUGACCCAGGACGACCAACCUGUCUACCACUUUCGCCUACUGGCUGAGGCCUUCGUCAUUAAAGGUCUUUCUCUGGACCACCAGACGCUGUCUGCUGUGUCUCGUAUCCGUCUUUCGGAGAGAGAGGAAGAGAGUCUGUCCUGCUUCCUGAAGGCGUGUGACGCAGCUCUGUCCUACCUGCAGGAGCUCGAUAAGAUGGUAACCAUUCCACACGCCAAAAUGGGCAAAGGCAGCCUCUUUUCUGCAGCUGUUGACGUUGACCUGGGCUUCUUCCUGCAGGCAGCCCUGCAGAGCGCUUACCUCUGUCUGCUGCAGAGGGGUCAUCUUGCACAGGGUGCCCACCAGCUGCGUAGGGUGCUCAGGGUGGUGGAGUCGCGAGGGUCUCAGAGCUUCAGGAAGUGUGCAGCCAUGAAGCUGGCGCAGGUGCUGCUGAGCUCCGUGAGCGAGGGCAGCUACUGGCCCCCGCUGGGCCCCCCGCCCGCAGUCUGGCUCCAGAGAGAGGGAGCCGCCGCCUCCAAAGACGCCAUGUACCCCACCUUCAGACCGCCGCAGCGCUACGCCACAGACUGCUGCUUCUGUCCACAGGACGUGGUGGAGGAGGCUGUGCUGCUGCUGCUCAUCACAGAAUCAAUGACGAGCGGGGAAGCGGUAAUCAGCCGACUGCCGGACCAGGCCGAGGCGCGCCAGGCCAGCCUGCAGGAUGCCACCUCCGUCUACGACCUGCUGUCCAUCGGCAUGGCCAGGAGGGGGCAGUACGCCAUGCUCUCUGAGUGUCUGGAGCGAGCCAUGAAGUUUUCAUACGACGAGUUCCACCUUUGGCACCAGCUGGGCCUGUCACUCAUGGCGGCCGGAAAGUGGGUCGGCGCUGUGUCUGUGUUGAAAGAAUGCGCCAGGAUGAGACCAGACGACCCCUCGCUGCCCAUGCUGGCUGCUAAGAUCUGCAUCGGUCAACUGCACUGGUUCAAGGAGGCGGAGAACCUGUCGAAGCGCGUGGCAUCGAUGGGAGAGGAGGCCAGGGAGUUCCUCCCCAGGGCGUACCUGGCGCUGGGCCUCAGCUUCAGCCUUCAGGCCUCUGAGGCCACUCUGUCAGCUGAUCGGAAUGAGUUCAACAAAAAAGCCCUGCAGGCAUUAAACAAAGCCAAUUCAUUAGACCCACUGGACGCUCAGAUUUCCAUGUACCUGGCUCUCCAGCUGGCCCUCGUACGCCAGGUGUCUGCAGCCAUGGAGCCGCUACAAACGGCUUUGUCUCUGCGCGCCGAUGACCUGCCGUCCCUCCACCUGCUGACCCUGCUGCUGAGCUCCCAGAAACAUCACCGUCACGCCCUGGACACCCUCACCCUGGCCCUCAGCCAGCAUCCGGACAACUUCAAGAAAUGCGGCAGCAUCCGCAGCUCCUGUCACCUGGAUGAGCCGCCGCCAUGCUGCUCAAAGCUCCGUCACACCGACACCCACCAUCACACAGACGCCCGCUCCGGUGAACUCCUGCUGGCAGCCGUAUCCUUAACACAGCCUCCCUCUGCACCACUUGUCAUCUGUGUGCCAGCAAAUCCAGCCUCCUUCCUCCCACACACACCAUCACACACACUCUGUACACCUCUUCUGCACACAAAUCCCUCCGUCUUUUAAUCCCGUUUUUAUUUUGUCUUUUCACCAGUUGGUACCAAAACCAGUUUCUCCAUCAUUGAUCCCCAUCCUUCAGUCUUAUGGGUGAUUGAUGUCCAUGACGGACUGCGUCCUCUGAGAUCCCCUUCUGGCAAUUACCCACACACACUCAGAGAAGUUCACAUCAGAGACUCCCACAUCACUUAACCAGUUGUCUUCAGCUAAAAGGGCGAAGCGGAAACACUCUGCUGCUUCUCAGCACACACACACACACACACACACACACACACACACACACACACACACACACACACAGAAACCCUUUCAGAGCUCAUUGCUGACCAGCUUUCUCUUCCAUUUGGCUUCAUUGAUCCAGAUAUCGGCGAUAAUUCAGAAGCUCUUAAUGCGGCCGGAGUUUUUCUUCGCCGUUUCAUGAGAUAACGAUCCUCAUUUCUUGGAAAUCUAUCUGCGUCGCCCUCUGGUUGUUUUCAAAUCAUUUUACUGUUUAAUUUGCCAACAAUAGUAAAAGCAGCCGUUGCUGCUGGUACAAAACCUCGUAAAAGUAAUCACACCCUUUAAACGUUUUCACGUUUUCUCAAGAUCACAAACUCUACAGCUGCAGCGCGACUUUUAUUUAAAAAAAUGUUUGGUGCACAUUUGUUA